CAAUCACGGCCGGUUGUGAUUCAGCCUGAAUUUGAACCAGGGUGUCUGUAGUGACGCCUCUAGCCCUGAGAUGCAGUGCCUUAGAUCACUGAUUUCUUGUAUUUAUAGCCAUGGUGAUCAAAUGCACUGUGCCGUUGGUGCGAAAAUCACAGAAGAUUGUUAAGAACUCUUUCUUAUUUAUUUAAAUAUUUUUUAUAUAUAUUGACUUUCAAUGUUAGUAGUUGCAGCAGCAGGGAAAUAUUUGGGGGUGAGAGAUUUAAGUGCUGAUGGUCUAUAGGAAGAUGGUGUAGGACCUUUUUGGGCGAAAGUAGUGGGUAAUGUAUAGGUGCAGGGUUAGAUAGUGGUGCAAUAUAAGACUCUCCCAUGCCCCUUUUUCUUGUUGUUUGUGACCAAAAUGUGCAAUUCGCACUCUGACCUGCGACAAGAGCAAAACACAACACAGCGUCUAUUCUUCCGGAAAGCCACACGAAGAAGAUAUACGUGACACGCGAGUCAUCUGAUCUACGUUAGAGCAAAAGGGGAAUUAUGUUGCUGGAAAAUCGCCGAAGGAUGGAGACUUUAUUCAGCGUAGCGUUUAUCUUCUGCUCGGCUUUUACGGCAGGUGUUCAGGGGGACAGCCUCACCAUAUUGCAGGCCCCAGGGUACGUGUCCUUCCAAAAGGGAGACUGGCCAAUCUCUGGGGAGAAGAUUCCAGAUAUGGUGGCUCUGACUAUGGGGUUCUCUGUCCAGGAGGAUCUCUCCUGGCCUGGCCUCCGGGCAGGUCAGUUGUUCCAGCGUCCCAGGGCCAACAUGCUGGUGGUGGUGAGGGGGGUGGACAGCCUGGCCCUGCCCCAGAAUGUGGCCUCCUAUCCCUUGGAGAACCCGGUACCGUUCACCCUGGACAGUGUGGCUGAGACGGUUCAUUCUCUCUUUGCUGAGGACACUCCUGUGGUCCUCCAGCUGGCCCCUAGUGAGGAGAGGCUGUACAUGCUGGGGAAGGCCAACGCGGUGUUUGAGGACCUGCCUGUGACCCUGCAGCAGAUCCGUUCUCGUCUCUCCCAGGAUGGCUCCGUGCUGGCCUCCCUGCCACUUAACUCCCUCAACCGCAACGCUGAGGCUGAUCUGCUCUUCCUGUCUGAGGUCCAGGUUCUGCAUGACAUCACUGCCCUGCUGCAGAGACACCGGCACCUGGCCCAGGACCACUCCCCUGACCUGUACUCCCUGGAGCUGUCUGGCCUGGAGGAGCUGGGCCGUCGCUACGGACAGGACUCCCAACAGUAUCGAGACGCCACCGCCAUCCUGGCCAACGUCCUACAGAAGUUUGGUGAGGACGUGUUUGGUCUCUAUGGUGGCAGUGCAGUGGUCGAGGUUGUCACUGUGAAGAGCUUUGAGGCACCAUUGACCAGGAAGUCCCGCUCCAUCCUGGAGUCCAAACAGAUCAGUAACCCUGGCAGUCCCUAUAACCUGGCCUAUAAAUAUAACUUUAAUUAUGCAGUGAUCUUCAACAUUGUGCUAUGGCUGAUGAUCAUCCUUGCCUUGGCUGUCAUUGUCAUCUCAUACAAUCUGUGGAACAUGGACCCAGGAUAUGACAGCAUCAUCUACAGGAUGACCAAUCAGAAGAUCAGGUUGGACUGAAGUCUGCCCAGCAACACUCCAGCCCUCCAAUUAGCCCUCUCCUAGUGGAAGUUUAUUGUUUUUCUUGUUUUGUUUGAAAAAUAAAGAUGUGGAGCCUUGGAGUCUUAGCCCCUACUCUCUAGGUACUUGUUUAGAUCUGAGAGAGUUGGAUAGGUAUAAGCAAUAUGGUGAAAAUAAUUCCACCCAGCUUGGUAUAUAAGCCACGGUCGAACUAAUUAUAAACCAAAUAGUGUAUACCUAUCCAAACUCUCAGAUAUACACAAGGUUAUAGGGGUUGACUGAGGAGUAGACAUCAGAAUAGCAGUUGUUCAGGUGGAGGUAAUAGUUUAAUCCAAUAUGUAUGACAUGUAUGUGAGGUGCAGUUCACUGUAAUGUCACUGGUAAGUACUGCAAAGGUUGACAAUACAGAAUUUUAACACUGUAGAGCUGUGUCUGAAGCCUAGUCAUGUACCUUCUAGCCCACACUUCACAUUUAUUUUGAGUGUCCACAGUAGUUGUCCUACUUCCUUGGUGAUUGAAAAUGUCCUGUUUUAUUUUUUGUAAAAAUAAAAAAUAUUGUAAUGCCCUGAAAGACUGAGAAUUAUAUGGUGUGUGUGAUGUAAAUGAUUGUAUUUUUUGAGGUAUAAAACUUAAGUUAAAGUGAAAUGUGUAUAUAUUGAAGUUAGAAAUGCAAAUAUCUUGAAUAAACUGCUGUAUUGGUAUGGUGAGGUCUGUAAUAUUCACUGGCAUGUUGCAUGAAUUUUGCAGUUGUGUGACGAUAUGAAACAGGAAAAUAUUAUGUACAAUAUGGGCAAUAAAUUAUUUAAAAUCCUA